AGGAAUCGAUCGGCGUUGGCAUCUGAUCAUUCGGCGGCGCGGCGAGAGCUUCGGAUCGCAGAGAGGAACGAUGGGGAAGACGCCAGUGCGGAUGAAGGCGGUGAUCUAUGGCUUGUCGCCAUUCCAGCAGAAGGUGAUGCCCGGACUUUGGAAGGAUCUCCCGGGCAAGAUCCACCACAAGGUCUCCGAGAACUGGCUCAGCGCCACCCUGCUCCUCGGCCCUCUCAUCGGAACAUACAGUUAUGUUCAGUACUACCAGGAGAAGGAGAAGCUUGAACAUAGGUACUGAGGAGGACGAUGAGGACGACGAGUUUAAAGAAUUCUCCAAGGGGAUUCAUGUUAUCCUCUAGCAUUUUGGUGUUGAUUUGCAUUGAAGAUGUUAAAAAAGUUCUAUUAUUUCGCAGUUUCGAGUAUAGAGAUGUUUGUUUGUCUCCGAAAAUUAGUUAUGCUAAGGAUUGUGUAAUGGGCACCCCUUUUGGUCAAAUUGAACCGAUUGCUUUAAUAAAAAUCUUGCAACAGUUGGCUAAUCA